AUGGAGAACGGUGCGGCCACCCAGGGCGAGGGAAAAGACCCCUCGGGAUUUCUGAGUGAGAUUAUCGGGAACCCGGUGACGGUCAAGCUUAACUCGGGCGUCGUCUACAAGGGGGAGCUUCAGUCUGUGGAUGGAUACAUGAACAUCGCGUUGGAAAAGACAGAAGAAUAUGUCAACGGCGCAAAGCGGAGGAGCUACGGUGAUGCAUUCGUUAGAGGAAACAACGGUCAGUGCCCGUUGUACAGUACCUCUAUCCUACAGCCUUCUGACCGUUAUGUCUAG